AUGCUCGUCACCCAGAUCCUCAUUGCGCGCAAUCUCAGUCAACAAUUUCGCAGCUUCAAAGGCAUCACCAAUGCCACAACCACGACAAAUGGAAAUCAAGCGCCGUCAUUCCACAUCGUGGCCAGAAACCGCGUUCUGAAGCUAAUGCUGACCGUCAUCAUCAUCUACAUCGUAUGCUGGACCCCAGCCCAGAUUGCCUACCUUGGUUACAGCCUUGGAUGGGUUCCCCUAUCCUAUCUGAACAGCCCCAUCCAUAGUUUGCUCACUGUGUUUGGUUUCUACAACUCUUGUGCCAAUCCCAUCAUCUAUGCGGCAAGGUAUCCCGAGUUCAGAAACGCUCUCAAGGAAAUGUUCACCUGCAAGUCUGCCAAAAAUACUCCGCUGUUUGAGAAGAUGGACACUCCGAACACUUCAAGCAACAUCUCGACGUCAAAAGCUGACAUUUACAGUGUUUGA